CCUUCCUCGUCGUUCAGCAUGCGGGGUCCCGUCGCCUCCAGCUCGCGCCUGCCGCUGCGCAGCAUCUCCACCUCCUCAUCCCGGCUCGCCACUCCCGCGCCCUCUGCCGUGCCUUCCCCCGCCGCACGCUCGGCCAUCUCCGAGGACCGCGCCAGCCGCUCCUCCGAUGCCGCGCGCCCGCGUGGCUCUGGCAGUGGCCCAAGGGCAGCGAUCAUGCCGCCGUUUGAGCGCUGGAUCCAGACGGCUGCGAAGCAGUACAAGCUGCCGCCCAUGGGGAGGGGUCCGUUCUGGAUUGGCUCGACGCCGUUCCCAUUGAAUCCGACCUUCAAGCCGUCUCCGCCGCUGCCGACGUACACGAGACAGGCCCUGUGGGCUGCGCACAUCGCAGAGCCGAAGGGCUCGGGCGCGCCGAGAGCUCUGUCUACGCGCUUCCACAUCCCGAUCGAUCGCGUCGAGGCAGUGCUGCGGCUGUGUGCGCUGGAGAAGGAGUGGGUCAAGGAGAGACGUCCUCUGCAAACACACUUCGCCUCCUCGAUGGAGCGUCUCCUGGGCUCACCCGUUGAGGCCACGCUGAACAAGCAGCGUGCCGACCGUCAGAAAGCUGCUUCCUCCUCGGACGCCUCUUCCUCCAAUGCUGCUUCGAGCUCAAAUGGUCGCGCAAGCGGACGUGUCACGCCCACGGCGCAGACGAUGCAGAUGCAGCGCGGCAUGAAGGAGGACGAGCCGGUGCCUUCGCUGCCCGGCUCGUCGGCCGAGAUCCGAGGCCCGUACCGCGAGAUCGUCGACGAGGGCAACGAGCCGCCGUCGAUUCUCGAGCCCGCUCUGCACGCCGCCAACGUCGCACGCGGCGCCAAGCUCGCCGCACUGCCCUCCAACGGUCCCCGCAAGGUCCGCGACGCACCCACGACGGUCGGCACGCGCGUGCGCGCGCCGCUGCGCAUCGCCGACGUCGGGCCCAACUCGUACGCGGGCGCGGGCGUGGCGGGCCGGAAUGAGGCGCGGAGAGUGCGGAGGGCGAGAGCUACGGCGAAGCGGAUGGCUACGAUCGAGGGACGGCGGUCGCGCCUGGAGGAGAGAGUGCAGAUGGCCAGAGAGGCACGGCAGGCGUAGAAAAAGGAAUGGAAAC